AUGCGUGGAUCAUUGAUUUCUGCACCAUACUUGCAUUAUCUAGUCAAAAAUAAAUCCAGAAUAAAAAUAGUCAAUGUAAUCAUGACAGAUCAUCAUCAUAACUAAGAAGAAAACAAUAAAUUCACCCAUGCUCACAGAAUUACUUUGGACUAAUCAACCCUCAAUUUAAUUGAUAUCACAGCUACUCCUGUUCCAGUACCUCGUAAAUUACCAACCAAAAACACUUUUGAGAAAUAUAUUCAGGACAAUUAAUAUGAUCAUCUGACUCCCAUCGUAUUUUUUGAUGAACACAUUCAUUUCGCUGCCAGAGCUUGGUUUACCUUUAGAUAUUUCGGAUUCAAAAGAGUCUAUGUCUUAGAUGGUGGAUUUAAUAAGUGGCAUCAUCAACACGACAUCGAUAAACAUGAAAGCAAAGUUUUUGAGGAUUUGAAUAAGUAGGACUAACCAAAGGAUUAAGUGACCUCCUUAACUACAAACGAUGUAUCCGUGAUUUCCUAUCUCAAACAACACAAGGACCCAAAAGGUGAUGAUUGGCUACUUUUGGAUGCAAGGGAUCAACCAAGGUACAAGAAGGGAUCUAUACCUGGAUCGUAUAAUUUACCCUAUUCAGAGUACUUGAAUGACGAUCACACCAUGAAAUCUACUGAAAAUUUACAAAAGCUAUACAAAAGUCACUAAAUUGAUAUUACCAAGAAAAUUGUUAACACUUGUCAAACUGGGAAAUUAAGUUGCAUUGCACUUCUGGCCUAAGAAAUUCUUAAGAAAAAAGAAUUACUUCUAUUUGAUGGGUCUUAUGAAGAAUGGAAUCACGAACACCCACAUCCAGUGAAACAUUGAAAAAUUACAUUCAUAUUUUAUUUAA